CUAAUGUUGACAGUGAUGGUAAAAUAUAGAGGAAAAAAAAAGAAAAAUUAUCAGAAAUUAAGCACUUAUUCCUACAGAACAGCAAUUAGCAUAAAACUUCCCACAUCUUAAGUCAUCGCCAUUUCUGUUCUACAUGACUUUUUUUUUCUCUGUAGGUAAUCUUGAUCCGAUUUAGCAACAGCUUUGAAGAGAAUGAUAUAUUAGCAUAGCGUAUUUAUGUUCUAGUCUAUUGCAUUUGUUUUCCCUAAGGAAUCUAUUCUGUAUCUUGAAUUAGUCUUUGGGUACAUAUUCACUACCCAAGAUCUGUUUAUGCAAAUAAUUAGGAGAGAUCUGUUAUAAGGUCUAUGGGAUAUAAGGGAAAAUGCUAUUCCUAUCUCUUUAGGAUACCUGGAAAAAACUGAAAGAUCUGGUCUGUAUUUAAAGAUUGGCAUAACUAUGUAAUUUAGCAUGGGCAAAACAAAAUUAUACCCAUAAGUUACAUAGCUAUCAAGACAUUCCCUUACUACACAAAAGAGGAAAUUCUCUUACUAUUAAAGUUUAUUUCAUUUUGUAAAGUACUGUAACUUAGAGAUGAAACUCAUUUUGUCACAAGACAUUUAGUGGUUUAGCUAUAUCUGUCAAUUCUCUAAUGCAAACCAGGCUUUCUAAAUUUGUUUAGAAGUACCUACUUUCUGGGUCUCUGAAUGUCUAUUCUUCCUUUGGAAAAGGAAACUUUGCAUUUAAUACAUAUAAAUUAUUUUAAAAAUAGCACAAAUACUAUCAGCUGAUAUCCACACCAUCUUGAAUCUUCUCUCCUAACAGUUCUUUGACUUCCAUGGCCAUGCUGUAUACCCUUCCAGUCAGUGAUUACAUUUCUAGAAAAAUUACUAUUGACAAACACCUAAAAUAAACUGCAAGAUAAUCUCACUAAUCUUCCAAAAAAUGAGGAUGAUCAAUAGCAGAUGAUUACAGACAGAUAAACCAGGAAAUCAGCUGAUAAUAGUCAGCAAAGUUUGAAGUACAUUUUUUACUAAAACAUUCCAUUUAAUUCUUUGAGAUCAGUUUAAUUGCCAGAGAUAAAAGCAAUAAUUAGAAUGUACUUAGGUUUUUGUAAACUGUUUCAAUUCAUUUUCACAAGGCAGUAUAAUUAACUGAAACUACUGGACAAUGUUAAUGUAUUUAUGCGUCACACGAACUAACAACUGUCUCACUACCAAACUUCAAAGAGCAGCUUACAAAUGGAAUUGCCACUAAAUGAAACUGUUCACUGUUAAGUAUCUGCAAAGAUGACACUUGGCCUGACGAUAUGUAACAUCCUUGUAUAUGAACUGGAAGUCUUUUAUAUAUAACAACCUCCACAGCUUUUGCACAAGAGUGUUCAGGAGAUUGGUGUUUAUAUCGACUGCUUCAUCUAGCCAUGCAAUCAGGACUCAUUUUAAGGUAGGAAGAUGCAGAAUAUUCUACCUAGGCAUAAGGAACGGAGGCUGUUCCUACAGAGCAGAAGACUACACACUUGGAAACUGUAACUUCUAAAAUAUAUUUGAUGGGCGUCAUGGACCUACAGUGUAAUAUAAGCAUCAAGGAUGAUGCUAUGUAAAAAGAGCUAAUGAAAGCUACAAAAAGAUGCACUGUGGAGCAGAGAACCCCAGCAGGAAAGGAGAUUAUUUUUCUGCAUGCGGCACUGAAAGACUGCCACUAGAAAACCAUGUAUAGCUCCAGUGUUCAGAAAAACACUGAAAUUCUGGAAGAGACACAAAAUGAGAAACAAAAAUAGUUUAAGAAUAUACCCUUUAGAACGUGACUAAAAAAAGCACUAUCUGUUUAUUUUAUCAGAAAGCAAACUGAGAAGCUGUUCGAUUACACUAAGUACCUUGAUGGAGAGAAAAUGCCGGUGCUGUGGGGCUUCUGAAUCCAACAAGGAAGUGAGUAGAACUGGUGUCUAAAAGGUGUAAGCCAGGAACAAUGAAAUAAUAAAUGAAGCACUAGGAUUUUUAAGCGUGAGUGAUAGCCUUUUAGAACAAGUGCUACAGAAAAAAUAGGAUGAAGAAGAAGAAAUUCUUCAUUUUUCUGGAGAUCCUUGAAAUGUUAUGCUUAGCCAAAUACAAGAAACUGGACUUUGCACACAAGUAGUAAAUACAAAAGCCAUGAGUAUAACGUAAGAACUGUGCUUAUUCAGGAGAAUAGAAUCUAUGCCAAAUAAGCUUUUCUGACUAUACAGUGUAGGAACACAGUUAACCAGAACCUUGGAUCCCAGUUGUCACUUUAACAGAUACAUGACGACCUAGACUGAGCUCACUUAAAACACUUCUGACCAUUCAGUAUGCUCUGCUAGCAAACUAAAUGGUCAGAAAGGGUGAAAUAUUGUCAAAUAGACUUUUUUUUAAAGAGUUCAUAACACUAUUCAGAAUCUGUGGCAUAUAUGUAAUAUAGACUGAGCUGUGUUUAGAAACAGAUGAUACAUUAACAAUACAGACAAAAUAUACACACCAUUAGACUAAAUCAGAACAGGUUAAUUAAGAUAAAUAACAAGUGAUAUAUUUGCCUGUAAAUAUACACUUUAUUUUCUUCUGUAUCAUAAGAAGUUCUGCCAUCAGACUUUUGUCCCACUCUUCUCAUGGAUAACAGUGUCAGACUUUUACUUUUCACGUAGCCUCAGAAGGUUUGGUUCUGUUUCCAUUCUAAGGUCACUGCUUGCUCUUGUUGCUCUUGGAUUGUAUUGACCAUCAAGAAUCUAAGAAAUAUAUUAUGUAAAAUACUAUAAAAGCAAGACUACAAAAAACUACAAGCCUACAAAAGAAUUAGACUGAAAAAGAACAAGCCUGUGAAUAGCAUGAAGCGCACUUGACACAAAACAGAUAUUACAGUAUGUACAAAUAAUAGCUCUUGGCUGAUAAACGGAAAGAAGUUUUAAGGUUGUUUGUACUGUCAUGAGAUCAUAUCUUGCAGAAUCACAGGUCUCCAUCAAAUUACUGUGGAUUUUUUGAUGGUAUAUUAACGGAACAUGGCAAGGAUUUGUGAGAUGUUAUUUACUAAUAGCCGAUAGAAUAAUUUCAUUCUAGAUUUCUGUUUUCUAGUCACCGUGUAAUCUUCCACGUCCCUAAAAAAGCUUCUGUCUGAGUUGGCAAGGAAAUGCUAAAAGAGUGUAAUUAAGCAACGAUGACCCUAAAGUGAAAUGUGGAUUCUUUGCAAUAUACAACAUCCUUCCCACGAGCCAUGUGUGUUUGUCAGAUGUUUAUAGAAUCUUCAUUAACUAAGAGCUUUGCUAGAUAACGGAAGCUGAAGCAUGGCAUCAAUGACUCAGAUAAGGGCAAGUGUACAACCAAUCUGCUUGACAACUGACAAGAGGCUGGGGUUUGAAGCAGACUGUGAAAAGAACACAAGAAAGUGAUUUGCAAAGGGCAUUCCGUCUGUUUGCCUUCCACCUCCUUUCCUCUGUCUGUAAAGAUUCAACAUUUUUAAUCAGUUAAAAUACUUAGUCCUCUUGUCUCUCCAUCAGAAAGUAAAUACAUAAGAAAUGCAUUAUUUUGGAGUAUUAGCUGCACUGUCUGUUUUCAAUAUCAUUGCCUGCCUGGCAAGAGGCAAGCCUUUGGAAAACUGGGACAAGCUACCAGUUAUGGGAGAGUCAGACGUAUUCUUUCAUGAUCCUGGGGAAGAGGAAGAUGAGACCCAUUUUGACUUUAAAUCUUUCCUGGAGAAUAUGAAGACAGAUUUACUAAGAAGUUUGAAUUUAUCAAGGGUUCCCUCACAAGAGAAGACCAAAGAAGAACCGCCACAGUUCAUGAUUGAUUUAUACAACAGAUACACAGCAGACAAGUCCUCCAUCCCUGCAUCCAACAUCGUAAGGAGCUUCAGCACUGAAGAUGUUGUUUCUUUAACUUCACCAGAAGAAAACCCAUUUCAGAAACACAUCUUGUUGUUCAACAUCUCUAUUCCACGAUACGAGGAAAUCACCAGAGCUGAACUGAGAAUUUUUAUCUCCUGUCACAAGGAAGUUGGGUCUCCCUCCAGACUGGAAGUCAACAUGGUCAUUUAUGAUGUUCUAGAUGGAGACUAUUGGGAAAACAAAGAAAAUAGCAAAUCUUUGCUUGUCUCCCACGGUAUUCAGGAGUGUGGCUGGGAGAUGUUUGAAGUGUCCAGAGCUGUGAAAAGAUGGGUCAAGGCAGACAGGAUGAAGACUAAAAACAAGCUAGAGGUCAUUAUAGAGAGUAAGGCUCUGGGUGGUUUCCCUUGUGGGAAGCUGGAUAUUAGUGUUACUCGUGACACUAAAAAUCUGCCCCUGUUAGUAGUAUUCUCCAAUGAUCGCAGCAAUGGGACAAAAGAGACCAAAGUAGAGCUCCGGGAGAUGAUUGUUCGUGAACAAGAAAACGUGCUAGACAAAUUAGGAAAGAACAACUCUUCAUCUGAAGAAGAACGGAGAGUGGAAAAAGCCAUCACUAGGCCCCAUCAGCAUUCCUCCAGAAGCAAGAGAAGCAUUGGAGCAAACCACUGUCGGAGAACUUCUCUCCAUGUGAACUUUAAAGAGAUUGGUUGGGAUUCCUGGAUCAUUGCACCCAAAGAUUAUGAGGCUUUUGAGUGUAAAGGAGGUUGCUUCUUCCCUCUGACAGAUAAUGUUACGCCAACAAAACAUGCUAUUGUCCAGACUCUGGUGCAUCUCCAAAACCCAAAGAAAGCUUCCAAGGCUUGCUGUGUUCCAACUAAACUGGAUUCAAUCUCUAUUCUUUAUAAGGAUGAUGCUGGUGUGCCCACUUUGAUAUAUAACUAUGAAGGGAUGAAAGUGGCAGAAUGUGGCUGCAGGUAGUAUAUGCAGAAUAUCUAAGAAGAGGAAUACACUCUUUUUUGCUGUCCGUGAAACUGUACAUUAGUGAUGUAAAUGAAAAUCCUUGCAAACAAGGUUUGGAGCACGGCAUGGAGCUGGUUGUUUGUUGUUGCUGCUUUUAAAGGAAAGCUGGCAUUUAAAGAAUGGCAAUCAUUGUAAAUAACCUGCAUUAUAUAUCAUUAAUUAAAAUUUUGUGAGAUUGAAAGAACUAUGCAUUAUUUGUCCAGAGUGACAAAAACAAAAAACUUAUUUGAAUUUUUCUGUUAAACCAGUUCUGUUCAGGUCACAUGCAGCCUUUGGAAUUGAGGAUGUCUUCUAAAUUUCCAAUAGGCAUAGAAAUCUAGCUCUCUCUGUCAGUUCUUACAUUCUUUUGUAAACUCACUGAACUGCAUAUAGUUUGCAUGAUAAAACAGGGAGUCUAAAUCCUGCAAACCUUUUCUCACAUCAGUAAUCUCAGAGACUUUUAAAAUCAUUUUAAUGCAAAGUAUUUACUCCUGAAAGUGAAGUUUUUAGAAUUUCUCAAACAGAUGACACACUCCAUCUCAUUUGAUUCCCAAGUUUCCUUCUGUGGAUAGCAGGUGCCUUGGUUUCAGCUUUCUUAUCCUCAAUGUCCCUAUUUUUACCCUUUUAUGGCACAUACUUGAAUGAUAAGAAGUACAGCCUUCCGCUUCCAAGACACUGUUUCCUAGGAGGAACAGUAGACCUUAUCUCCCCACAAAGAUAAGGAGCCACUUUGACCUACUGUGUAUUCUUAGUAUUUCUUUGCAAGAACAAGCAGUAAAACGACAUCCAAUCUUAAGAUCCAUACCCUAACAACUGUGGGGGGUUGGCAGUGCUCAGCACUCAUGAAAAAAAUAAACAAGCUAAUUUUUAGAGGCCUAAGUUUUUUGGAUUCUGACACCAGGCACUGUUCAUUUUCUUUAUUUUUCUUAGGAUAAACACUGUUCUACAUACAAAAUUCUUUCACCCUUUAGAAGUCUGGGAACAAUUGAUAACUCCUUUUUUAAUGUUCUGGGACACUUACAUUACUUUAUGAGAAAUACACUACCAUACAAUGGUUAUCCUGUCCUUACUUCUGUUUUCACUAAACAACAACCCCAUGUUUCCUGCAAGUAGGGAAAACUUUCUUUGAUUCUAAUGAAGGUUUUGCCUGUACAAGAAAAGACAGUGCUUUGCAUUGGUUUCAGGUGCGAAUAGCAUGUGCCAUAUAGUGCCAUCAUAGUCCACUUCCUUUUUACUAUUCCACCUUCCACCAAAAAUAUCUACCACUUUUAAUUCAAACCCACAGCGAACUACAUAUAUAUUCAAAAUAUUAAAUGUUAGUGAGACAAAAAUAUGAAAAGAAGCUUAAUAUAUGGAAGCAACAUGAUUUAAAUGUAUACAUAUGUUUUAAAUUAGGGCAGUCUGUAGGCAAGACGAAUUCAUUUGCUGUGAAUAGCUCUGCUUGAAAUCUAAUAUGCAGUUUAUUUACUAUUGUUAACUUAAUACAGAGCAAAUAGCAGGUGAGUGUGAGCAGAGCGGUUGUAACUCCAUCAAGAACUGUUGGUUACAUCACAAACCAUGAGCACAAAGCAUGAUUCACCAGAAUCCUGUGACUGAUUUACAGUCUUUUCCACUAGAAGAGGACUGCAAUUGGAUCAGAUCUGAGAUCUGGAUCCAUGAGAAUCCUAUCCAUCCAUAGCUGCAUGUCAUUAACCUCUAAAGUUUCAUGUGACAUCCUCUCAUUUUACUACUCCCCACUGGCUUCUAUCAUCUUACAGUUAUUGUUAUGUCUUCCUCCUUCUAGAAAUGUUUUCUCUCCCUUUUGUAUUGAUAUCUCCUAAAUUUAUAAUAUUUUGCACAACUUCUCUUCUUCAAGUAAAACAAACUACCAGGCAAACAUUUGGUGUGAUCACAUUAGAAUUCUUUUUCACCCAUGUGUCAAGGUAAUUGUAGCUGUGUGCCCUCAAGUCAUCUAAACAAAAGGUCCUAGCUGUAAUUCUGACUUCAUAGAGUGCAGGACUUUGUCAAUUAUCAAAUUAAAAAGUGGAGAAGGAAAAAGAUGAGUCCUCACAUGUUCACAGAGAGUUUC